CCAAGAUAUCCUCUUUAACGAGUUUACAUUCUUUCAACCCUGGCUGGUUUCCUGUCCAAAAACAUCAGCAUUUCUCAAGUACCACUUUCGCUUCGCGGGCACCUUUACCCAAGUCUUCCACGAAUCACCAAGAUGAAGUUCACAUUCACCACCGCCUUCGCCCUGGCAGCAAGCGUUGCCCCGGCCUUCGCCCACUACAAUUUCAACGCCCUCAUCGUCAAUGACGAGGUGACCGAAGAGUACGUCUACGUGCGCAAGAACACCAACUCUAACUCGCCCGUGACGGACGUCACCUCCAACGAUUUCAUCUGCAAUGUCGGCGGUCUCGACUCGGGCUCUACGACCAAGACUUACGACGUCGCGGCCGGCGACCAGCUUGGCUUCACUGUCAUGAGCGACAUCAGCCACGCAGGCCCCGUAGCCGUCUACCUCUCCAAGGCGACUGGCACCGCUGCCGCCUACGACGGCUCUGGCGACUGGUUCAAAAUCUACGAGCUGACGACGAGCUCCAUUACCGCCGAUGGUCUGCAGUGGGCCAGCAACGCAAUCACAAACUUCACCUUCACCCUGCCCACCGAGGUGCCAUCUGGAGAAUACCUUGUCCGUGUUGAGCAGAUCGCUCUGCACAGCCCUGGGGCGCCCCAGUUCUAUAUCUCCUGCGCCCAGAUCUCUGUCACUUCCGACUCAACCGCCACACCUUCCCCCGCCAUCGCUAUGCCCCUUUACUCUGGUGAUGAGGAGGGUCUGACUAUUAAUAUCUACUCCCCCAUCCCGACCUCGUACACGCCCGCUGGCCCCGCCCUGUGGCCUUCU